AUGGCUUCCUCGGACUGGCGAGCGAGCUUGGGCUUCACUGCCCGCCUGAUGGCUGUCACAAAAAUGACAUCAGCCUUCCAGGCAGCGGACCCUUCUCUGUCGGCAGACGACGCUCGGAAAAAGGCCACUGUAGCUGAGACGACAAUCUACGCAGACGCCCGCUCUCUGGACGACUACGACAGAUUGUGCAAUGACAAGAUAACAAAUCUGCCCAGACCGUCACUCGACUUUCCAACACCAGAGGACGAAGACUAUGUCCCAACACCCGGCGGCAAACCGGUUGGCAAGUAUCAGAAUGCACUGUACCAUCGCGAAGGUCUCUUCUCCGUCAUCUACAAAGCGCCUGCAGUUGGAAAUGAAAGCUACUUUCCCACCAAGUCACCCACCAAGACCAAUGUCGUGGCUCUGAAGAUCACUACACCAUCGGUAAUGGAGCAACCGCACGACUCACAGCGAGAGGCCAAGAUUCUGGCCAUGGCGGCAUCAGAGCGGGUCAUCCCUCUCAUAGAGACUUUCCGCGAAAAUGGAAGCCACUUCGUUCUGGUCUUCCCAUUCGUGCGCCACGACUUCAACGACCUACUGCGGGACAAGAAGCUGUCCAAGAGCCAGAUCAAGUCGUGCUUGAAAGACCUCUUCACCGCCCUAGCCGACAUCCAUGGCAAGGGGAUAAUACAUCGCGACAUCAAGCCUUCCAAUAUACUCUUGAAAUCCCUCGACGGACCAGCAUAUCUUUCCGACUUCGGCAUCGCGUGGGCGCCCGAAGCACCGGGUCCAGAAGCAGCGGAUGCGAAGAUUACCGACGUUGGUACUACCUGCUACCGACCGCCAGAGCUGCUGUUUGGGAACCAGAAGUACGGCUGCAGCUUGGAUUUGUGGGCUGCUGGUUGCACAGUUGCCGAAGCACUCGAUCCCAGUCACGAGACACUGUUCGAUUCGGGAGAAUUAGGAAGUGACCUGGCCUUGAUACAGAGCGUCUUCAAGAAGCUAGGAACUCCGAACUUGGAGGUCUGGCCGGAGGCUGCGGGUUUCCGCGACUGGGGCAAGGUCCAGUUCUACGAGUACCCGCCCCAGGAUUGGUCGGUGUUGCUGCCGAGCCUGUCAGAGCAAGAACGAGAUCUUGUUGGCAGUCUAGUCAAAUACGAGAGUGGCUCGAGAAUGAGUGCAUCCAAGGUCCUAGAGCAUGCCUACUUUUCGUCGUGA